AUGCCUUACUAUUCUCUAGGCCUGGAGGGCUCGGCCAACAAAUUGGGCGUCGGCGUGAUUGAACACCCUCUUGAGAAAAUCGCCGCUUAUAAUCAGGCCAAUGUGCUUUCUAAUGUGCGAGAUACUUAUGUGACGCCUCCGGGAGAAGGCUUUCUUCCUAGAGACACUGCUCGACACCAUCGAAAUUGGGUGGUCAGACUAAUCAAGCAGGCGUUGAAGGAGGCAAAUAUACGUCCUGAUCAGCUGGACUGUAUUUGUUUCACGCAGGGGCCAGGAAUGGGUGCUCCUUUACAGAGCGUUGUGAUAGCUGCGAGAACGAUUGCUCAGAUGUGGGACUUGCCUCUUGUGGGAGUGAAUCAUUGUAUUGGACACAUAGAGAUGGGCAGAGAAAUUACUGGAGCUACGAAUCCAGUUGUGCUGUAUGUGAGUGGGGGAAAUACUCAAGUUAUUGCUUAUUCUCGGCAACGGUACAGGAUCUUUGGAGAAACGCUGGACAUUGCUGUUGGAAACUGUUUGGAUCGGUUUGCAAGAACGCUGCGAAUCCCAAAUGCCCCGUCUCCUGGAUACAACAUUGAGCAGCUGGCGAAAAAAGGCCGUCAUCUGGUCGAGCUCCCAUACACCGUGAAAGGCAUGGAUCUCAGCAUGAGUGGGAUCUUGGAGUACGUUGAUAGUCUCGCGCACGAUCUUUUUCAAGGAAAGAAGAAUAAACAACUGAUUCGUGCCGACGGCAGCAAAGUGACGGUUGAAGAUCUGUGUUUUUCGCUUCAGGAAUGCAUUUUUGCGAUGCUGGUAGAGAUCACAGAGAGAGCCAUGGCCCAUGUUGGUUCGCGCGAGGUGCUGAUAGUUGGUGGAGUUGGGUGCAACGAGAGGUUGCAGGAGAUGAUGGGUCUAAUGGCCAAGGAUAGAAACGGUAGCAUAUAUGCUACAGAUGAACGCUUCUGCAUUGACAACGGGAUCAUGAUUGCCCACGCCGGGCUUCUUGCUUACAGAACAGGCACAAGAACUACACUGGAGCAGAGCGUUUGCACACAGAGGUUUAGAACGGACGAGGUUUUCGUGAGCUGGCGAGAAGAUUAA